AUGACUUAUGGUACCAUUGUUCCAUGCCCUACAUGCAGUUGUGGCUGCACCGGACAACCUGGAAUCAACUGUGUCAAGCCUGGCGAAUCACCACCGGUAUUACAGCUUCCGACUGAUGAAGAACCCCAGCCAGUCGUCAAGUGUACAAGGCACAUGCGUCCUGUAACAAUCCAUUGGCAUGUAAAAGAAAGUUACAAGGAGUACUGGCGAGUUAAGAUGACGAUAACAAACCAAAACUUUGCUCAGAAUUAUAGCCAUUGGAAUAUGGUGGUGUUACACCCUAACCUGAGGAGUGUAACACAGGUUUUCAGCUUCAACUAUAUGCCCCUAAAUCAAUAUGGAAGCAUCAAUGAUAGUGGUGUAUUUUACGGCAUCAGCUUGUACAACGACAUGUUACUGAUCCAAUCCUGUGCACAGGGUAAUGUGCAGUCGGAAAUGUUACUACACAAAGAUCCAGACAUGUUUACUUUCCGACAGGGGUGGACAUUUCCAAGAAAAGUUUCUUUCAAUGGUGAUGAAUGUGUAAUGCCUCAGCCAGAAUACUACCCAAGUCUUCCAAAUGGUGCACAACCUAGUUCCCCUGCUACACUACUCAUUAUAAUGCUGCUGUCAUUGCUCUUUAGUGUGCUUGCACUUUGAAUCAAAAGUGUUAGAUUUCCUGGCAAACAUUUUUAGCUUUAAUUCAAAAUGUCUGUUGUGAAUUGGUAAAAAGCAUUUAUAGAAAAAAAAUUCACAAAAUAGUUGUCAUUUU